AUGCGUCGAGCCCGAAUUCAGAUCAAACCGAACGUGGCGAAGGCGGCCAAACAGAGUCCGUCGGUGGUGAAACUGGAAAAGUACGCUUUUUUUCAUUUAAAUUAACGAUUCAUUUAAAUUUAGAAAAGAAAACUGAUUUUUUCGAGCAAUUGGUUUCUUGCAUUGGAACGAUUUUUAAUACCAUAAAACGUUAUAAACAAAAAGGGAAAAUAUUCAGUUCGCCCGUGGAUCCGCCAAUCGAAGCACCGCCGCCAGAAGAAGAUGCGGUCCCGGCUCAAGUCGAAAUUCCGCACAAUUCAGAUGACGUGGCCGCGAUUUCGGAGCCGAAUCCAGCGGAAUUGCUGCAUGUCGACGUGAAACCAGUGAAUAUAGCACCUCAAGUGCAUCAUGUUCAUUUCAACGAUGACGUCGUCGACCGGAACGAGCAACAACAGAAUACGGCGCCGAGAGCACAUUUGGAGUCGCCCAUCGGGUACGGUUCAACCGAAUCACUAGUAGUGGCUCAAUUGCGACAAUUUCCCGACAAAAACGUUUUGAACAAUCGUGAAAGCGUGCUAAUUUUGCGCCAUUUCAGCCUGCUCUCGGGCCAGUCGAGCCCGCAAUUCGUGGCCCCGCACCCGCCGUCCCGCAUGAUAACUCCCCGAUCGAGAAAUGUGUCAAUGUGCGAGGACGAGGCCAUUUUGCAACCGAAACAGUACGCUUUUUGAGAAUUUCUACUGUGAACCGCACAUAUUGGAAUAUUGUCAAUUGUAGACCGCGCGAGAAGAAGCGAUUCACCGGAAAAGAGGAAUUGGACACGAAGACGUGGAAAAUGUCGGAUUUGGUCAGAUGGAACCCGCGAAAUGAUCAGACUAGCUUCAAGUGAGCCUUGUUUUUUUUCCGAUUUUUAAAUACAAAAUAAUGAGCUUGGCGCCCUUCUAAUACAGUUAUCAAUUUUGUUUGCAGGCGAGAACGUCGCUCGUCGACGAGUUCGACAAUCAUCACAAAGUCGGAGCUCGGCGAGGUCGGCGACGUGGCGACUCCGCGCACGAACGCGCCGCAAGUGAAGAUCGGCGCGGACGGACGGCUCGUCAUUGACGAAUCGAGUCUGCUCGUCCAGUCAGCACAGAUCAACCACGAAUCCGUGUGGGAGACCGUCGAGGAGGUACGCGUUCGGCGGAUUCGUCGGAGAAUUCAAAUUUGUCCAUUGUUCAGGGUCGAAUGGGCAGCAAAAUCACGUCGAUGUCGUUCCGGAAUCGCAUUUUCCGAAAAGCGAUAUCGUGGACGGAACGAGAGACCGACCUCUUUUAUGGUACACUAUCCGAAUCUUAACUGUCAAAAACAAACUGACUCUCCGUUCAUUUAGCCACUCAGCCGAGCUAAAAUGGAAUAAUUCAUCUGAAAAAUCACUUUUCAGAAGUACUCCGAUGUACUGGACAGGAUUUCGGUCUGAUGCACCAUUAUCUGCCGCAAAGGUCGCGUCCGGAACUGAAGGCCAAAUAUAAUCGAGAGGAGAAACUGAAUUGGCCGCGGCUGCUCAAGGUACACAAGAAAAAAGCGUUAAGAAUUUGAUUUCCAAAGCAGCCAAAGCGAACAACCUUUUUUCGUCAAAAAAAAAACUGUAAAAUUUAAAAGAUAACUAUAAUUUGCCGUUUUUCAACGCGAAUUUCACAAUUUGGCAGGCGAUAAGUCAUCCGGUGCGUCUGGACUCGGACCUCGAGACGAGAAUCGCGCAAAUAAUGGCGGACAUGGAGGAGGAGGCGAAGUCGAAGAGGGAGCGCAACGACUACGAAAAGGCGGAGGAGAAGAAGAUGCGCGAGCAGAUUCGCGAGCAGAGAGCCACCGAACGCGUCGAGGAGCGCAUGAAGAAGGCGCACGCGAAGGAACUCGUCAGACAGGUACGCACAUUUGAAACAGGGCUCGGAAAAUGACCAUUAGCCGAUCGGUUGGUUUGAAGAAUCCACCUCGAUCGUUUUAAAACCGAUUUGAUUAACUAAUGAGGAGAUUUAGUGGUUCUGGGCCGAAAGUCCUGGAAUGCGCACGAACUUUUUGAUUUGACCAAUACCGUGCUUUCGAGAUAGUGAUAAUUCCCUGCUGUCAAAAAGUGUUAGCUUAAACGUUAUUUUAUAGUGUUACCGAAACAGCUUUUUUUUGGGAAUAAUAUAUCAUCCAUUCGAAUCGACUUAUCUCAGCUGCCGGUUGAGAUAUCAAAGAGUUGUCAACUGACGAAAUGUACAAAAAUUGAUAGUGAGCAAUUUCUUAGUUGACAACUUUUUGAAUCUUGUUCGCGCCGAAAUUGCUUAUUAAAAGGAAUCGUUUCUGCAGGCUCGUGAGCUCGAAAAAGAGGCGCGCGUGGCGGCGAAAUCGACGGAAAAAGCGGAGAAGGCGGAAAAGGCGAAAGAGAGAAUGGACGCGAAGCAGCUGGCGAAGGAGGCGAAACGGAUUGCGACCGAAGCUAAACAGAUCAUCCGGGACGCCCGGCAGCAGGAACUCGCACUUCGCAACGAGACAAAGAGGGAGCGCUCGGUGAGCACACUUUAAACAUAUAUAUACUAUAGGGGCACCGCACAGAAAUGGCGCUCUGUUGAGAAACUCUUUUUGCAGUGCAAAUUGAGCAACCUCGGGGCCGAGUUUGAAAAGUUAGGCCACAUUUUCUGUGAAAAAUUACUUCGCUGCCUAGAAAUUCGGCCAGGCCUUGCCAAAAGUGGGCGUAACCGUUUACAACCGGAGAAAUGCACACAAAUUUUGAGGAAGCAUAACCAUUUGUACAUACUCUGAUAGAUCUCAUCGAGCUUAUGAGCAUGUUAUUUUCUGUAUAUGAUUUCGGGAGCCAAUUUUUGGCCAUUUUUAUGACUGCCAGCCCAAUCUUCCCAGAAUCGAUGUCAAAAAAGUUUCGAAUUUGGAAGUCAAUCCUACAUAUUCUGAUAGAUCUCACUGAGUUAAGAGUUUGACUUCUUGGCAGAUGUUCUAUGGUACAAAACUACAUUCAUUAAACAUGUAUCACACAUAGCUAGCUAGUCCGGUGCCCCUAUAAUACAUUUGGAAUUGUUGAAUUGAUUUCAUUUAACACAAUUCCAGACGGACCAGGACAAUCUGGAACGCGAGGCGGAGCGAAUCAUCCGUCGGCUCAUUCAGGAAUCGCAACGGGAGGAGAAACGGAAGGCGAAGGCGGAGAGGAAGCGGAAGAAGAGCAACGCUUCAAAGCCGUCCACUUCUGCCCCUUAUUCUCCUUCUUCUGGAGCUCUCGAAUCGGAAACUGUGGAUCCGCUGGCGUCGGGCGGCGAACUCGGAGACACCACUUCGGAUUCUUCGACGACGGCAUCGAGUUCCGACGAGGAGGCGCUGAAAAUGAAGGAGGCGAAGCGGGAGAAGGAGCGGAUGAAGGCCGAGCGGCGGAAUUUGGAGCCGCGUAGGACCGUCAUCGACAAAAAACCCGUCUACGUCGACAAGAAUGGUAAUUUCCGAACACGACUGACUAAAAGGGAGCACGGCACUGAAAAAGUGUCGGGAAAUUAGCACCAUUCGGUUCAGAGUCCAAAAAAGAACCGGUGGCCAGCUGUGAACAAUUUUUUUUAAUGUUGAGUAGGUCAUUUGGAGGAUUCAAGUUAGAAUCAUGUGGUGUUAAUUUCUCGACAAUAAAAUUCCGGUUUCACAGGCAUGUUCAAUUUCAACAAUACCGCUUUUAAAAUUAAUUUUGUACUGAUUGUAGUUUAAAUUAUCAGAAAUUUUUGAUUUCUGAUAAAUUGGAGUUUAGGUUGUUUUUCUAACUGUUAAAACGUUCUCCUCACUUUCCCGUUAACCUGUUUUUUUUCAGAUGCGAAAUGGGCGCAGCAGCCGGUGUCCGAAGCGGUGGAACUCGUCAAAAUGGCUAACGGAAACAUGUUCGAUAGUGCCGAUGAAAUGGACGGUUCGUCACUCUUUUGCUGAAACGUUAUUGAAAAGAAUUUCAGUGAAAACACAAAAAUCACUGUUUCAGACUGAACCAUUUAUAGCAAUUUUUCAAUUUUCAGUCGUCGACAAUACUCCACUACUGAAAUCUUCGGCUCCAGAUACUCCAGAUGCCCCGGAAACUCCAGAAUCGGCUUCUCCGGUAGAAAACGCGACGAUUCCGAAAGCGGUUUCCGACGUGAUCGAGGACAUUGCACGGGAACGGAGCAAGACGCCGAAGCCCCAUGAGCCGGAGGAAAAAGAGCCAGAAGUUGGGGAACCGCCCGCCAAAAUAAUCAGAACUGAAGGUAUCUUCGUAUUUUUUGUAAAUGUUCUCUAAAAUAAUGUUUGCAGAAGGCGCGGAAGACGAAAUUAUAGAUGUAGUGACGAUUGAAACUGUUGCUGGUAAUUGUUUCGAAUUUUUUUCGGAUAUUAUCCCCCUUUCUGAAAUUGUCGAUAGUUCCCAUGAUUCAGAAGUGAAAAACCUAAUUUUGACAAAAAAAUUGUGCGAAAAAGACGAGACUUUGAGCUGAAAAACGCUGGUGUAGAUUCGGUGUAGAUUUACGGUAAACCGUGCGUCGUGGAGCGGAGUGUCGUACUAAAACCUUUUCGUCGCGCGUGAAAAUAACGUUUUUCAAAGUUCCAGAUCACUUGAUGGACGUCGCCGAGUUUGUCGACGUCGAAACCACUGAUGGUAAAUUUUUAAACAAAGCUUUGUGAAUUUUAGGCUCAAAAUCAUAAUUAUUGCAGUUCCGAGCACUUCGACGGCACCUCCUCCACCGCCAAGACCGUCGGUGAUCAGAAGAACUGUCAAGAAGCCGAUGCCGAUAAAAAAGAAGAAAUAA